AUGAUGAGGAUUGACAAGAUGGACGACAGAUGGGUUACAGGCUCUGCAGCUCCGAGAAGGGCGCGCAGAUCAGCUGUGACAGUCUCCAUGGCGAGUCGUGCGUGUUUCGCCUUGGUCCAGAAUCAAAGACGUUCUGACCAGCCGAGAUUUGAUCGCCUUUCACCGGUCGCCAUACCGUCCGAGCUAGGCUUCCGAUUCCGAGAAAACGGAAUGUCGGAUGUGUCGAACUUCUUCUCAGCUUGGGAGACCCUGCCGGAGGACGAACCUCCGCUGUUCAUCGCAGUUCGACACCCAGAGUCACCUCCACGCCACUAUGAGGCGGUAGACCGUUGUGGAGGGGAUGCAUAG